UCCACAUACCAAAAAUAAAACUGUUGACGGUUUGAAUUUGGAAGGCUCGCUUUUUCUUCGCUUUUGUGUUCGACAGGCUGGACCAUGGCCGAUCCACGAUCUUUCAGAGACAAAUAUUAUAGGUUGCGAGAAAAAUACGAUGCCCUUAAUAAGCCGUUUACUCGACUUAAUGAUGGACAUGAAUCCCAGUCUUGUUGAUGACGUAUCCGGUAGCUCUUCGUCUGAUGAGUCAGACGUACUAUCUGAUGCAACCUCAGAUGAUCUCGAUACUAGUAUAACCACUAUUAGUAGAUACG